AAACAAACAACGCAAUGCAUAUUACAACAGCUAUUUUGGCAAUUUUGGCCACAGUUGCGUUAGGAAUUGAGGAAGGGAUUAUUCGUGCACCCAUCAUUCGUAACCCCAAUGGUGGUAAUCCUUUACAAGUCGCCAAAAGACGUCUUCAAUCCAUCCAAAGGAGACAACUUGAUAAACGAGAUCCCUUUCAAGCUCCUCUUUACAAUGACCAAGGCUCACAGUAUUUAAUUGAAGUCGGCAUUGGUUCUCCAGCUCAAACAUUUGCUGUCACUCUCGACACUGGCAGCGCUGAUCUAUGGGUGCCUUCUACAGCAUGUCCUGCUUCGAAUUGUCCCUUUUCUCGUUUCAAUUCAGCCGCUUCAUCCACCUUUAAAACGUUGAAUAAGCCAUUUGGUAUUCAAUAUGGUAUCGGUAGUGUCAAUGGUACCUAUGCUACAGACACCGUGACUGUGGGUGGUGCCACCAUUCCAAACCAACAGUUUGGUCUUGCCUCAAUCACACAAGAUAUUUUACAACCGCAUACAUCCAUGAAUAAUGACUCUUCGGGUAAUCAAAACCAGGUGGAAGCCAACGGUAUUCUUGGUAUGGGAUAUCCAUCAUUGACACAAGCGAAUAGUCAAGGUGAAGGAGCUUACAACCCAUUUGUAUUUAAUCUGGUGGCCAAGGGAUUGAUCAAGGAGCCUGUCUUUUCCAUCUAUUUAAACAGUAUUUCCAAGACGGGUUGGGCAGGCGAAAUUACAUUGGGAGGUAUCGACACAACCAAAUUCGAUGGAGAUUUAACAUAUUUACCGGUGGCGUCUUUAACCAGUAAGUCAUCUACCAUGUCUGGUGGUAAUAAUAGUAGUAAUGCUGGGUACUAUUACUGGAUGGUGUAUGGUCAAGGAUUAGGUGUAACAAAUUCCAAUACGGGUACAAAUCCAAGCUGGAGAUUACGUGAAGUGGGAGCAUAUAUUCUAGAUACGGGUACCACUCUAACUUACUUACCCACCUCUGUUGCUACUGAAAUUGUCACUGCCUUUGCUGGACCCAAAGGAUUUGCUCUUGAUAAACAAUCGGGCGUGUUUAUUGUGGAUUGUGCUACCUCUCAAUCACCCGCAAGGUUUGAAUUGGUCAUGUCUCAAUCUAGUAAAGUGAGUGAGAAUCCUAUUGUGCUGAGUGUGCCAGCGAAUGAGUUGGUGAUUCCUAUUGAUACAACAGAUGUGAAUACGGCAACCAUGUGUAUGUUUGGUAUCGCACCUUUAGGUGGAUCUGGCGGAAUUGGUGCAAAUAUGUAUUUGAUUGGUGAUUCUGUGCUUCGCUCUUCGUAUAUGGUUUUUGAUAUGGGACAAAAUCGUGUGGGGCUUGCUGCUACCAAGGGCAUUGGCGGUACAUUGAGAUUAAAUGGUACUACCACAGCUACUUCUAAUACAUCAUCGGGAGUUCCCAACAGCCAAAGCUCGUCCGAUGCUGUAUUUCAAAAACAAAGUCUUGUUUUAACAAUGGGUGCUUUAAUAUUCACUGCGGUUCUUAUUUAAUAGUAUGACUGCUUGUAUCUAUAUAUUCUAUAUAUAAAACCUCUUUUUUAAAACCUUGUUUAUACGCACAUACACACACUUAAUGAUAAUAAAAAAUAAAAAAAUUGAUCUAGGG